AUGACCAGCAAUUCCCCGCCAACGUUCCCUCUACCAAAGAUUACACCACUUCCUCGAUCUCUCUAUCCAACAACAUUCAAUUUUACCCCUUCAGAUUUCCAUCGACAAGAUGAAUCUCCAGAUACAGAAUGGUACUCUCAACCAAGAUUUGUUCAACACAUUGAUGAUGGCGCUAUAUCCAUAUUGAAACACUACUAUGCGACCUUCAUCACGCCCAAAUCAUCUGUUCUGGAUAUCUGUUCAUCGUGGGUUUCGCAUUUACCUUCAUCACUCAAACCCAUCACCAUGAUAGGAAUUGGGAUGAACGAAGCAGAGUUACAGAGAAAUGAACAUCUUACCAAGUAUUUUGUCAAAGAUUUGAAUCUUGACCCGAAAUUGGAGGGGGUUGAGAAUGAUUCUCUGGAUGUGGUGAUAUGUAAUGUAUCGGUGGAUUAUCUGACUCAACCGAUCAAAGUUUUUGAGGAGAUGCAUAGAGUGUUGAAGGAGGGAGGGGAAGCUCAUAUGGCAUUUAGUAAUCGAUGUUUUCCAACAAAGGUGGUGGGGAAAUGGAUGAGGAUGGAUGAUGAAGAGAGGAGGAAAUGGGUGGGAGGAUAUUUUUGGGCCAGUGGGGGAUGGGAGGAUGUUGAAGAGGUGGUAUUGAAGGAGGGGGGUGGGAGUGGAUUCUUGGGAUUGAGAGGAUACGAAGACCCUGUGUUUGUUGUGAGAGGGAGGAAGAUGAGACGGGCUUGA